CGUUGUAAUUUGUAAUUCCUUACCGGUCAUUCUUGUGCGAAAAAUAAAUCCACAUGUUGCCAUUGACCUUCAAACGGAUAGAAUUAGGCUACCUAUUCCUGGCGAGCAGAACGUAUUUAUAACUAGCGCAUUGUCCUAUGUUAAUAAUGUACCUCAUUUGGGAAAUGUUAUUUGGAGUGUCCUAAGCGCAGACAUGUUUUCUAGAUAUUCGCGUUCUCGUAAUUAUAAUACGCUAUUCAUUUGUGGUACUGACGAAUAUGGGACUGCCACAGAUGCAAAAGCUCAGGAAGAAGGAAUCUCGUGUCAAGAACUUUGUGACACAUGCAAAAAUUUACAA